UCAACAACACACAACAUUAAGGCAGCAGUAUAAAGGUGGAUGAUUUUGCAGUCGCAGCAUGAUCGUCUAUGUGCGUUUUAACUCCAGUCACGGAUUUCCAGUGGAGGUGGAGGAGGGGGCACGUGUGUCUGAGCUGAAGGAGGCUGUUGGGCGUCUGCAGGGUGUUCAGCCUGAUCAGCUGCGGGUGAUUUUUGCCGGCCGUGAGCUCGGAAGUGAUUCUACACUUCAGGGCUGUGAUCUGCCGGAGCAGAGUACGGUUCACGUGGUGCUGCCUCCAGCUGGUACAGAGCGCAGGUUGGAACAGGUGCUACAGCGCAGAUUGAGCAGAGGAGUAGACAGCUUAACCCGACUGGACCUCAGUGCUUCACGACUGCCCACCACUUCCAUUGGCCUCGCGGUCAUUCUGCAGAAUGAGGACUCGAACAUGCAAUCAGAGCCCAAACCCCUCAGCACUUUCUAUGUCUUCUGUAAGACGGAAUGUAGAGCCAUUCAACCUGGGAAACUGCGAGUGAGAUGCCGAACCUGCAAACAAGGAACCCUCACACUCAGCCGAGGACCGUCGUGUUGGGAUGAUGUCCUUUUGCCAGACAGAAUUCAUGGAGUGUGCCAGUCUCCAAACUGUGACGGCAGAGUGGCGGAGUUUUAUUUAAAGUGUGCUGCCCACCCCACUUGUGAUAAUGACACUUCAGUGCCACUGGACCUGAUCAUGACUAACGUGAGGCACGUCCCCUGCAUCGCCUGUACAGAUGUUGUGAGUCCUGUUCUGGUGUCUCAGUGUGCUGAGCGUCAUGUGAUCUGUCUGGACUGCUUCCACACUUACUGCAUGACCCGACUGAACGAACGUCAGUUCAUCCAUGACCUGGUGGUCGGCUACUCUCUUCCCUGUGCUGCUGGAUGUCCUGACUCUCUCAUUAAAGAGGUGCACCAUUUCCGGGUCCUGGGAGACGAGCAGUAUGAACGCUACCAGCGUUAUGCGGCAGAAGAGUGUUUGCUGCAGAUGGGGGGAGUUCUUUGCCCCGCUCCAGGCUGCGGGGCUGGUCUUCUAGUCGAGGAUGAUCGCCGAAGGGUGCACUGUGAGCUAAAAGAAGGCCUUGGCUGUGGGUUUGUAUUCUGCCGGGACUGUAAGGAGGAGUACCAUGAAGGAGAGUGCAGGCAACAUUUUGCCCCAGCAGCUGGAGGAGCCAUGCAGGGUUAUGUGGUGGAUGAGAACGCUGCGCUGCGUGCCCGCUGGGAACAAGCCACAAAGGAUAUCAUAAACGAGACCACACGGCCCUGUCCCAAAUGCAGAGUUCCUGUUGAAAAGAAUGGUGGCUGCAUGCACAUGACGUGUCCUCGUGCUCAGUGUAAGUUCCAGUGGUGUUGGAUAUGUCGUGUGGAGUGGAACAGAGAGUGCAUGGGCAAUCACUGGUUUGGAUGAAACAAACACUCUCCCAGUGCAUUCACUGACUCAAAAAAAAUGAGCAGCAUUUGGAUGUGUGCAAAAUAAUUUUAACAAUAUAAACAGUUCAUGAGACAAAUCUUUUAUAAGAUCAUACAAAUGCAGCAUUCAGGUAUGUUGGUCAUAACCAACACAUAUGCACUUUCAUAUACAGUAGUUAUAUACAGUAACUGCUAUAAAUACAUAGACACUGCAAGCUUGGGUGGAUAAAACACCAGGACCCAUGUUGCUGUGUGCCACUCAUACUACUCCCUCCACCCCCUGCCUUUCCAGACCUUCCAGUAAUUAAAAAAAAAGUUAUGUUGAUAUUUUAUUUCCUCUUCCAGCCUAAAUUAUAUCUAUCAGAACAUAAUGGGACAGACCACUGAUAUAAUUCUUUCAGACAAGAAUUGUAUUUUAUUUAAAUAUACACUGAUCAGCCAUAACAUUAAAACCACCCCCUUGU